AUGAUGAAACCUACCAAAAUUCAAGAAAGUCAGUAUACUUAUGAAUAUCCAAGACACUGGGUAGAGUAUGUAGGAGGUGAGAAAGCUAUUGAAAUAAGACAAGUUAGAAGUAUUCCAGCAGGAAGAACAAUAUUAUUGAAGAACUUUAAUGUUUUGAGAUAUAAUGAUGAAACAAAGAAGCAAGAUAGUUUCCCUGUUGCUGUGUAUGUGAACUUAGAUACAGGAGAUGACAUGAAAGUUUUUAACACAAAGCUUCAAACGGUAUUGAAAGAACAACUUAUAGCAGAAGGACACCAAUUACCUUCAGAAGUUACCAUAGCAUAUAAUUUUGAAACAAACUCAAUAGAUUUUAAAGUCAUCUCUGCAAAGAAGUCAGGAUUUACAUUUAAUGAAGCAGAUGUAUAUUCAAAUGAAAACUUCAAAGCUAUUGCAUGGUUAGAUAAUGACGAUUGCUUUAAGAAAAUAUUUAAAUUCAGUGACUCAAAGAUGUCAAUAGAUGACCUUCGUGGAAUGUUACCAUCGACGUUUACAGUUGAAGGUUCAGCAGGAUUGCUUACAAGAUUGUCAAUUGGUGGCGUUUGUCUCGUGAGAACAUUGUUAUAA